AUGACAGUCAAUUUCGGAAUAGUGAUUGGUAUUAUACUUGGGGCAGCGUCUGCUCAAGUGACUCCAGCCCCGUCACAAACCCUCUGGGGCCAGUGUGGUGGUAUUGCUUGGACCGGACCUACAACAUGUAGUCCAUACUAUAGCAAUACUCCAGUAAAGUGCACUACCUACAACCCUUACUACGCACAAUGUAUACCGGAUAACGAUAAACCGACCACGGCUCCUCCUCCCACAACUACUAUCCGUGAUUGCAUGCCCAUGCUGUCAUGUACAACUUCACGUUUGUACCACUUGUUCCAAACGUUUAAACACUCUAUAACCCUCACAGCUUGUGUCACUCAUAAUGCUUGCGCUACUACAACCCCAGGUCGCCCUACUUUCCCCGUUUGCGAGUGUACAACUUCGUCUACUAGUUCUCGAUGCAUCAGUAGCUUGUCAACUUGUGGCUAUUUUCCCGCUUGCUGUGGAAUGAGUCAAGUUAAAUGUGCUAACUACUGCGAGGGUGCUACACCACCGCCAAUACAAAGUCCAACGACGAUGGCAUGCGUGUGCCCAACGCCGACGACGACUCCGAUAGAUACCUGUUCGUUGACUUCUAGGACUUGUACUACAUAUGAUGGAUGCUGUGGUAAAACUUCCACCGCUUGCGUAAACUUCUGCGGGACUAGCUUUUCUGGCAGGAUUCCAUACACUAGAGCUACUUGUACGGCCUGCCCUACGAGCAGUACCACUACUUGUAUAAGGACGAGUAGUUGCUAUGAUGUAUCUCUCUGCUGUGGACGCUCGACUAGCAGUUGUAUGUCAUGGUGCAGUGGCACGACACCACCACCUACAUCAACUCCAACCCGCUUAGUCUGCACCUGUCCGCCAAAUACAACAACAACUAUCAGAGUUACAACCCCGACGGCUAUUGUUAAGAGAGUUCAUACCGUACAGCACGAGAGAGCCUGGAAAGGCAAGGCAUACGGAGACGUGAAGGCCUAG